UGUAAUCCACUUCGAAGUGUUAAUUUUGUUCUGUAUUCAUAUAAAUUGUUUAAAAGUUUAAUUUUCAUACUGAAUACUAGAAAAAAUAAAUAAAACUCAUCAAUCACAUGUCUCCAGACGUUUAAUUAGUCAUAUAUUCAAACGUAUUCAAUUAUGUAUAAGAUUAAAAUUUGAUAUGCAACCCGAAAAAGUGUAGGAAAACAACACAUUCAACUCGUGAUUCAAAAGUAAUUCGUGUCUGCGCGUGGCUGUAAACGCUUGGCAUAACACAGUUUUAUUAAAAGUGUUUUUAUCAUAUUUUCAUACAUUAUAAAUCUGGAUUAAGUGAAAGAGUGUUACUCAAAUAAUCAGUGUUCCAGUUUAAUUUUUGCAACUUACGACAAUGCGAAGCCGAACGGAACUAGUCACAACUCAAUUGGAAGGCUCUGAAUUUGAGGAAGAGUCAGAUUUUGAAGACUCAGAAGAAGAUUGGAAACCAUCCAAAGACGAUCCGAAAGGAAAAUCAAAAGUAAGUCCCGGACGUAUAAAAAAAACUACAGCAUCCAGCAAAAACGGCACGAAGAAGCGUGGACGUAAACCAAUUAAAAAAUCAAAAAAGAAAACUAAUUCUGGCGAGGAAAACGAUACAGACGAUGAAAAUUUCACAAAGCAAAUGCCCACUCCAGCCAAAAAAGUAAAAAAAACGCCGAAGAAACCAGCCGACAAUGUGCUUCAGACUGAUCCAACAGCAUCAACCUCUGAAGUUAAAUUCGAACCAACUACAUCAUCCGAUAGUUCAUCUAAACCACAGCCGCUUCAACGCAAACUAGCGACGCCCUUGAAAAGCUUUCCGGAUAAAGGAGGAUUUUUAACCCUGUAUAUUUUCAAGGGGGAUAUGAAAGAUGGUAUUUAUAACAACCAUGAGUUGUGUUUGUGGCGGCGGGAUGGCUCGAGUUUAUUACAAAAAUUUUUGAGAGAUAAAUCGAUCGCAACUGGUACUCCACAGUACAAUUCAUCUAUGGUGUACUCAUGCUGGGAGGAUAAACGUGCCGAUGAAUACCUAGAAAUAAAGGUAAAAUGUCUUGAACAAGCUAAACAAGUUAGGGUAGAGUUGGUCGAUGCCGAGGAGUUAGAAGCGAAAUCAAGAUCAGAAUAUGACAACUACGUGGCGGUGUACGGAGUUCCACCAGUGCGAACGAAUUCUCAGAAGAGCGGUGACAACUCCAACAGGAUUGCUGAAGAUGAGGAUGAGGACGAGGAUGAUGAUGAAUACGAUGAACUAGAAGAUGGAGAAGGGGAGGAGGAGGAAGAAGAAGAAUAAAAUUUAUCUAAAUUCAGAAUGAAAUAUCGAUAAGAACUGUUUUAAUAACUGAAACCUGUUUGGCGUAGUAACUGUUUUGCAUGACAUAUUCAUCCUUUCAGUAGUCUUUAUUUUAAAAAAAUAAUGCGUUAGAUGAGUGCAUAAGUAUUCUAUAUAUUAUAAAGUAAAAUAAAUUACAGAAUGUGUCAGAUUUACUGUAUAAUACCAGUAAUUCUAAAAAAAUCUAUAAAAAUUAAUUCAACUAUUUACUGUACUCGAUAAAAA